AUGAAUUCGGAUGUUGGUGAAGUUGGUUUGAAUGUGGAUGGCGUUUUAUCUGAAAACGAAGAAUUCAUCCGCGAGUAUGUUUAUGAUAUUUUUGAAAAUCCUUUCUCGAUAACACACGAAACACAUAACGAUUUUGGAACACGUAUGAAAAACGCAGAUUCGAGAUUAAUUUUUGCAAAGUACGUUGACGCUUAUCGAAGCACCACAAAAUGUGUGAACGAAAUCACUUUUUACAAUUUGUUACACAGUUUUGCACUGGUUCUGUUUGAAUGCGCCGACGGAGACAACUUUAAACCAGGAAGAAUAUUAAUGAACAUGGCAUUUACUUAUUAUUAUAUACCCAAUCCCUCACAAAUUGCAUUGGAACAAUUUCUCCAUAAGUUAGGUAAUGAAACUGAUAAAAAGAAACAAGAUACUCAGCAGAAGAUGAAUAAGAGAAAACAGAAGAAACACAACAAAUUGAAAGACGCUUUGAUUACAUGCAAAGGAGCUUUCAAAGAAUUUGACAUCGUAGUUGAGAUGAAACAAAGUAUGGAUAGAAUGCGGAUGACUAAACCUAACCAUCACUCAACUGACUUCGAAGUGGAAACAUCGCGCAAAGAGAAAUACCUGUACGAGUACUUAACGAAUCAACCAAUAUGGCGAUCAACCAGGUUCUGGGAAGAAGCUUUCUUGGUAUCGGUAAGUUCAGAAAAAGAACGCCGUUGUACGAUUAGAAACUGGAGUAAACUCGAUACUGAGGAACGAAAUAGCAUGGAUGAAGCGAUCGCUAACAUAACAUUUGGACAAUUGGGGGCUUUUAUAAAUAACAUGAAAUGUUUGGGAAUUUCCAAGGACAUCAGAAAAGAUUUUUUGUCAAAACAAAGUACAAUCGGAGGUAUUGAUAAAAAUGGAGAGCUGUAUGAAAUGCUACUUACUCAAGUUGGAGAGGGACUGUAG